AUGCACCGGCGCUGGGACCUCUUGCUCCUCACUCAGGGUAGUGCAGAGUUUGCACAUAUGUGCGCGGUCCUGACGACAGACAGAUGGAUAUGGAGCGCUGCACCCGACCUCAGUGCGGUCGCCUCUCAGACUGCAACAGCCGCGCUGGUGCUUCCUCUGCCCGAACAGCGAGACUGUCGCUGUGUUCCCCCUGCAGAUGCUACUACACAACAGUGA